AUGGAAAUGGAAAACACGAGGCUAAGCUUAAAGUUCAUUAUUGAAACUCAUUCAUGCACCACAUAUUUGGCUUAUCUUUUUUCAAGCGAUUACAAAAGUGAUGAUGAUGCAAGAAUAAAGAUCGAAGAAGCUGAAGAUGAAGUCAAGAGGGUUGCGAGUUUUGAUGAAGACGAGUUUCGUUUGAAGAAGAUUCCAAGAACACCUCACACUUAA